UUACAUGGAAAUUCAACUUAACAAAACCAAAAAUAUUCGUUUAAAAUGGCGUUGCUAUCAAUUUGAGAAAUAAAUAUUUAUCGAAACCAACAUUUAGAAAACAGUACAAAGUCGAUAUUCCAACCAGCAAAUUAAUUCUUAAAAAUAUUGAUGAACAACUAUAUCAAGUGUAACGUUAAAUGGACCGAAGUUUUUUGACGGACAAUCCGAAAUUGGUGGAUGAAAUUGUUUGCGAAGUUAAAUCGCAGGGUGUGUUUGAUCAAUUCCGCAGGAAUUGCAUUGCUGAUGUCGAUACCAAGCCUGCCUACCAAAAUUUAAGGCAACGAGUGGAGAAUAUCGUCUCCAAUUUUCUGAGUGACCAGGUCUGGCGACCGGAUUUGAAUAAGAAUCAAUUACGCGAAAAGCUGCGCAAACACAUCACCGAAGCUGGAUUUCUCGAAACCGGUGUCGAACGUAUCGUCGAUCAAGUGGUGAAUCCGAAAAUCAAUUCCGUUUUUUUACCUAAAAUCGAAGACAUUUCGUACAAGUAUCUGGGAAUUGAGAAGCCGAAACCAUCCAACGAUCAUACAAUAUUUAAAAGUGAACCAUUGGCCAACGAAGAUACAAAACCUCCAAAAAAUUUACCGCCCGUUCUUGACGACUUGGAAGCAGUUAGUCCCGACUCCAGUGGUAGUAAAAAAUCGUUUAAAGAUUCCACAGAGAAUCUGGACACAUCGAUCGAUCCCGAUCCAAUCAAAGCCGAACUAAACGAUUCAGGUGAUAAAGUCGACGACGACUUUGAAUCGCCAGCAUUCGAACCACUACAGGGUUCGUUGUUAAACGAAUCGGACAGCAUUAAUGGCGAAGAGGAUUCAAAGCUCUCCGACAUUAGUGGACUAACGUCACAGGAUUCAGUGAAUAGUGAACAGAACUGCGAGCAGCCGUCAGUUAUACCGGAGCCGGAAAUAAAGGCACCGACUAUUGAGGUUAUUGAACAACCGGCCGUGACCCAAAGUCAACAAGUAAUUCCGGAAAAUAUCAAUCAAGAUUCCGUUCUAUCACAGGUGUCCAGCAACAGUCACUUGUCGAUUGUCACCGAUAGCAACAACAAGAGCUCCGAAGUAGAUAUAUGUGAGGAAGCUCAAAUGCCAAAGUUCAGUGAAAAUUCGUUCAACAAUCCCGUUGUGGAUGACAGUGAGCGAAAGCCUCUAUUGACAGUCUUUGACAUCAAACAAGAUGAAAUCAAAUUUGAAGGAACUGAAAGACGUUCAUCGUUGCACAACAUAAGUGAUGACAUAAAAUUGGAGGAAGACAUUGUGAUGGAAGAGCUGAAGGAACCAGUACCACCAGCGGAUUCUGUUGGAGAUGAUAGUUUAAUGAAAACAGAAUCGUCAUCCAGUUGCAUGGAUCCAAUCAUCAGCGAAACCAAAGACUUGUCACUAAAAGAUGAUGGUCGAUCAAAUGAAACUGAGUUUAAGUUCGAGGAGCCAGUUGUGUCCGUGGAUACAACAGAUGCGUCGGUUGGUGUGUCUUCAAGUCUAAAUGCGAAUGAUAGACACAGAUCGAAAGAUUUGAAGGGAGAACGGAAAUCGGACAGUAGAUCGGAUCACAAGUCGCAUCGCAGAGAUAAAGAUAAGUCGAGCCAUCAUAGCAGAGAUCGGCAUAAGGAUGGCAAGCAUUCAUCUUCGUCUAGCUCUAAACACAGUUCCAGUUCUUCGUCUAGUCGGAAGGAGCAUCGCAGUGAGAGUCGUGAGGCAAAAAAGACGACAUCGUCUGAUCAUAGGCGUGACGAUUCAUCGAAGUCGACAGACCGUUCAAGUGGAAAAAGUCAAACAUCAUCCCAUUCGUCUAGCCGUGACAAAGAUUCAAAUAACAAAAGCUCUCGUUCGCACGAAGACAGGGACAAGAACCGCUCCAGACACGAUCGCAGCAGCAACAAAUCGCGUACCCAGCAUCGAGACGACAAAUCGACAAAGCGACAGUCGCUUGAUGACGACGAAAGCGACAAAAAGAAACCAGGCCAAGAAUCUGAGGCAAAGUCGAAGACUGACGAUGAUCACGCAGUCCAUCAUGAAAAGUCGUUUGACCGUCGUCGAUCAACCGAUCGUGAUUCGGAUGAUGGUACGAUGGAACGUGGAAAGCCCACAUCGAAUCGCCAGGUGACAACGGUUAACUCGGCAGCAAUCACCAACAGUGCUUCAUCGUCAUCGUAUUCAUCAGCAUCGUCAUGCACGGACGACUAUGAAAAGCGAGGAACGUCAAGCAUUCAACAAAUAGCAGCAGAUACCAACAUGCACACAUCGUCUACGGAUAGUGAUGACAGUUUCGUUCCAGCAUCGACACCGGUUGUUGUUGAUCAAAUUCUGAUUGGGAAUGACAUUAAUUUGGAAAUGUUGAUGGAAACGAAUAACAUUGGGACGACGGACGAAAUGGAUCCAGUAAUGUCGAUGAUGCAGCAAUCACUGUCGGAUGACGUGGAGAUGAAAAUAAAGAAACCCAAGGUCGCCUCGAACAUUUUUGAGGCACGAAAACUGAUGAAGGUCAGAAAGCAGAUGGAACGGGAGCAAAAGAAGCGUUUGGAGAAACUGUUGGUCCACUCCAAACAAAUGGUUGGUUGUAACAACGUCGAUGAACAGGGCGUAGAAUUGGAAUUUUCUGUAAUGAAUAGUUCAGCACCAUCCAUUUCCAGUCCUAUCAAACCGAAAGAGGUCGCUUUCGAAGGACAUCAAGUACCAGCACCGGUCAAUGAGAAACGCAAUUCAGGCGAAUUUAUCAUCGAUAUGAAUGAGAUGAAAGAAAUGGAGAAACAAAUGAAGAAGAAAAAGGCCGAGAAGCAGCCACCAACUCCCAAGUUUGUUCAUAAAUUUGAUGAAAUUUUAUCACAAAUUGACAAGCCGAGAAAACGUGAUUCGAAAGGAAGUCAGUCGCCCAUUUCACCAGUGCAUGAAAAGUCGCCAAGGUCUUUAACUGGUCUACAAGACAGACCACCGAAAUCCGAGCCGAUAGCACGAAAAUUUGCACGAGAACAAAGUAAAGAGCCACCCGCUGUCGACAAUAAGAAACCAGCGACAAUAACAUCUCCUCCAAGACAGCAGCGAGAUGAAAAGAAAAUGGAAAAGCCUGGACCAGUUCGGUCACAAGACGGUAAAUCGAGAAAAGACUCGAGUUCGUCAAAAUCGCCACCCACUCCACAUUCACCAACCAAAGUUGAGCAAAAAAUUGGCAAACCAAACCGAAUUCCAGAGAAAACGAUAAAAUCAUCGAAUGCAGCUGGUUCCGCAUCAACAUCUAAGCAUGAGAAAGUUGUUACACCCACGAAGCCGAAAGUAAUCAAAAUCGAUGUGACACCGAAAACAACAAUUCGUCCUGAGGAUAUACCCAAAAUUAGAGCGGAUACAUCAACUAAGUCCAACAUUGAGUUUGACGAAGAGAAUGAACCAGAAUUCUUCGGCUUUACGGAGGCGCAAUGUGAGGCUCAUUUGGACUAUGCUAAAGUCAAACAGAUUUUGGCAUCAAAAGCGGAUAAACGAACGUUACAUCUGCUAAACUAUGACAAAUCGAUGAGCGAAGUUUUUUCGCAGUACAGUACCAAUGUUAUCGACGUCACCGGCAGCGUCGAGAAGCGCGUGAUAAGUGAAAAAUUACCAGUGCCACACAAAUCCACCGGUGUGCCACAGACCAGGGGAGUACGAAAAAGUACAACAUCCAAAAAUGGUGUGCGUACGACGCCACAAAGCCAACACAAAUUGUUCAUCGAAAACAAUCAGUUUGCUGACACUGCGGACGUUAAACAGAUAUCGAGAAAACGUCGAACAAGCAGUGCGGCCCAGGGAUCAGCAGCAAAGAUUGUUCGACUAGUGGAUAGCAAAGUAAGUGGCGAUGAAGAGGAAACGUCACCAACGCCUUCAGAACAAAGUAAGGAGAAUCAGAUCGUCCAGCAAAUCAAGAAACAUAAUCGAACCACGGAGAUCAGUUGCACGUCUAAUGAGCUCGACCAACAGUCCGUAGAAAAGAGCGAAACUACGAAGCCGAAUCCAAAUCAACGCUAUGCCAGUGAUGAUCUUUAUAAACCUCGGCCCAUUCUAUCGCGAACUCGUCGCCGGGGUAUAGAAAAUGGAGAAACUUGACUCCAGAAUCAUUGCAUCUUACUAUCUAAGCUAAACGUCGUUUAGUUUUCAUUAUUUUUUUCUUUUUUGAAAUUCUACAUUUAAAUGUUUAUAAAGAAUAAAAUUAUUAUUACACGUACGUACUGCCAGUGGACCAAUCAAUUCAG